AUGGGGAACUUGCUGGUUAAGGAUGGAGAAGAGAUGAAAAUCCUGGGUAAUCGGGGGUCGAGUAGUACAUCUACUGAACACGAAGCAGCUGGACACACGGAUGAAAAGAGAGCAGGAAACUCUGCAGACCAGCAUUCGGUGGGCGAUUCGCCACGCAAGGCUACUUUUCUCGAAAGUAUGAAGCCGUUCAAUGGGCGGAAAACAGAUGACCGGUAUCUGCACCUCCUUCUGCGGCCGUUUUCGCUGUUCUUGCAUCCGGGUAUACUGUGGGCCUGUCUCAUCCAAGGCAGUCUAAUCGGUUUCACGGUCCUUAUCGGUGUUGUGCUUGCAGCAAUUAUGCUCGGCCCACCGCUUUGGUUUGGAGAGAAGGAGACAGGAUACAUGUACACAGGCGCCUUCAUCGGUGCACUCCUCGGCUUCGCCCUCACCGGUCUGAUUAGCGACUGGUCCGCCAACCUGCUCACGCGCCUCAAUAACGGCGUCUACGAACCCGAGUUCCGCAUGGUGCUCGUGGUCCCACAACUCAUAUUAGGUUGUGCUGGUAUCUACGGCUUCGGCUGGACCAGCGCAGAUACGGCAACGUACGGCUGGUUUUGGCCUGAUUUUUUCUUCGCGCUCGUAGUAAUGGGUAUGGUGUGUGGUGCUGUCGCCAGUGCGCUAUACAUUGUCGAUGCGCAUCGCGGCAUAUCCAUCGAAGCUUUCACAUGUCUCCUCGUUUUCAAGAACGUGUUCUCCUUCGCCCUGACGUUUAAAGGCUUCGACUGGGUCGUUGAGGCUGGACGGCGGAGUGGGGUAGGUGGUGGUGGGGGAAUCAAGACCCUGUUUAUCGCCGUCGGGAGUGCGCAGGUCGCUGUUUGUGCGUUGACGAUUCCGAUGUAUAUCCUCGGCAAGAAGAACCGGAGUUUCUUCCACCGCCACAAUGUUUUCUUUGCGGUAACGGAUUGGGUGGCGGAUAAACUGACAUUUUGGUAG